CGGGCCGCGCCCUGGAUGCUGUCGCCCGCGGCCACGCUUGGCCUCGUCGGGCGGGGUCUCCUGGAGCCUCCCGGUGUUGGACCGGACCGCCGCUUUAUCUGUUUCUUUGGCGGACACCUCUCAGAGGGACGACGGCGUGGGGCCUUGUGUCAGGGCUGUUCCCUGACCACUGCGCAUCGCCUGCAGGGAUCCGAGUGUCCCAGGCUAGAGGUGAGCAUGGCAGAACAGGAACCCACUGCUGAGCAGCUUGCCCAGAUAGCGGCUGAGAAUGAGGAAGAUGAGCACUCUGUCAACUACAAGCCCCCAGCCCAGAAGAGCAUCCAGGAGAUCCAGGAGCUGGACAAGGAUGAUGAGAGCCUUCGAAAGUAUAAGGAAGCCCUGCUGGGCCGCGUGGCUGUCUCUGCAGACCCCAAUGUCCCCAACGUCAUUGUGACCCGCCUGACCUUGGUGUGCAGCACCGCACCGGGCCCUCUGGAACUGGACCUGACAGGUGAUCUGGAGAGCUUCAAGAAACAGUCAUUUGUGUUGAAGGAAGGUGUGGAGUACCGGAUAAAAAUCUCUUUCCGGGUGAACAGAGAGAUCGUGUCAGGCAUGAAGUACAUCCAGCACACAUAUAGGAAAGGGGUCAAAAUUGACAAGACUGACUAUAUGGUCGGGAGCUAUGGGCCCCGGGCUGAGGAGUAUGAGUUCCUGACACCCAUGGAGGAGGCCCCCAAAGGCAUGCUUGCUCGGGGAAGUUACAACAUCAAGUCCCGCUUCACAGAUGAUGACAAGACUGACCACCUGUCCUGGGAGUGGAAUCUCACCAUCAAAAAGGAAUGGAAGGACUGAGCUCCAGCUGGGAGGCGGGCAGGGCGACGGACAGACAGAAGGACCGACAUGCCCCACCCUAGACCCCUACCCACCCCAAACCAAAGUGCUGACAGGACCCUCCCUCACCAUUCCUCCCUGGUCCACUCAGGCAGGCAGCUCUUCUGUCCUGCCCCUCCUCCACCUCCUGCCUGCAGGCCCCUGUGGUCUCCAGUGUCACAUUGCUGCUUCUG